AUGACGUCGGCACCUUUAUUUGUAACCCAAAAUGUUGAGUUUGUGUCGUCUUUUGACAACAUGAUCCCAAGCCCUAUGAGUGAAAUGCCUUUUCAAAACCCAGAAAAAACAGUCGUUAAUUCUUCAGAUGUCAACAUUGCAUCUAGCACUAACAACGCGAGUUUCUCGUCGCAUGAAUCAAUAACUUAUUUCAAUGCAUCAGGAGGUCAUACGCAGUCAGUCGCAAACGUGAACGAAGUCAUAAACUUUGCAUCAAAUAAUAGCAUUCCAAUUCUAGAACCAGAUAUAAAUGGUACAACUGAUAUUUACAAUGUCAGUUCCACGCAUAACGAUACUGUUAUGUACGACUACUACGAGUUCCAAACAAACUCUACCAACACCAAUGCUACAGAUAUGUAUGACUACUUUUAUGAAACGACUACAGCGAAUUCCCUUUUUGAGAAUGCCAUCUACAGCCAAGAAUCAACAACAACACAAAGUCCAGUGGUCUAUGAUAUCAAUACAGAGCUGACUAGAGAUGAAACUAUAAAGGUAGCUGAAUUCCUCCCAAGGCAUCAGGAAAUAGCAGCAACCUUAACCAUCGAUCAUCCUCCACCGAUAUUUGCGACACUGGAUCAACUGGGAGUGCAAAAUGACAUCAAUAAUAAUAUUAAUAAAGACACCAAAUUUCAAAGAACUGAAACAGCAUUUAACGAACUUACUUCCAAUGAGGUAGUGAAUGGUAGAAGCAUCUCAGUGCCAGACUCCACUGCCGGUUCAUCAUCACAAAAAUCUUUGGGUCCAGUUGCUGUAGAGAACAAUCUUUUUGACGUUAACAGAGUUAGGGAAAUAUCAGUCCAAGCAGCAUUAAAUGCCCUCACUCGCCAGUCAAUUAGCGAAGCUCAACGUCCAUUAGUAAAUUCAUUUCCCAGUGAAACACUUGUAAAUUCCAUUCAAAGUGCUCCAGUGCCGCGUGGUUCACAAACAAAUUCUUUGCCAAGUAACACGCCCACCAAUUCAUUCUCCAGUGGAACACUGACAAAUUCUGUUCAAAGUGCUUCAAUGCCGCGUGGUUCAUUGAUGAAUUCUUUGUCAAGUAACACGUUCACCAAUUCAUUCCCUAGUGAAACCAUGACAAAAUCUGUUCAAAGUGCUCCAAUGCCGCGUGCCUCAUUAACGAAUUCUUUGUCAAGCAACACGUUCGCCGAUACAGUUUCAGGAGAUUUGUUUACAAGAGGAGCGUCCCCUGUACCAACCGUAUCUGCUAACGCCGGUGAAGCUUUCCAAGUGGAAUUAUUCCCGACAGGGCGACCAUUAAAUAGACUUAAUAGAGUUCCUACUAUGUCAGAACAAAACAUAAACACUGUGUUAAACAACCUGUCUCCUAUAAGUCCAGACAUUGCUCCUUUGUUACCAGAUAGUGGUGUAUUCGGAGGACCGUUCGAUGCAGCGAACACCGCCACUUUAUCACGGACAAAAUUCCACGAUCAGCAAUCCCUUUUAGCAAACAGCGGUCUAUUCGAAGGAACGUUAGAUGCAACGAACAGCACCUCUUUAUCAAGGACAAAAUUCCACGAUCAGCAAUCCCUUUUAGCAAACAGCGGUCUACUCGAAGGAAUGUUAGAUGCAGCGAGUGGUGUUUCUUCACCAAACACGAAAUUCCACGACCAAAAAACCCUUCUAACCAUGGUAUCAGAACAAAUCUCAAAACGUCAGCCAACUGGACAGUCGUCAGCUUCGAGUAUCGUUCGUACAAACACACGUUUACCAAUGUCUUCAAUAUCGCAAAAUCGAAUGCCUUUUACAGGACCGUCACAGGUCAGGGAGAUGGAACUUCCUGUCCAUAGAAAUAACAGACUUCCAAGACCUUCCCAUACUCCAGCCAGCAGGAGCGUUGAUGUUCCUCUUCCUCCUCCCCCACCCUUUGAUCUGCCAUUUGUACCAACAACUCAGCCUGCCACAAGACUGACAGAUACCCGUGUGCCAGAUCCAACCAUACCGCCUUCAAGACCCGCACAGCAACCAUCCAUGCAAUUAGUUGUUAACGAUGGACUACAAGAAACCGGUGUAGGAUUUGGUUUUGAUUCUGUUCAAUUAUCGCCACAUUCAGGGACGCAGCCACCAACUAUGCGAUCAGUUGUUAAUGAUAGACUACAAGAAAACAUUGGAGGAUUUGGUUUUGAGUCUGUUUCAACAUUACCACAUUCGAGAGGAACACUGCCACCAACUAUGCCAUCAAUGAUAAACAGUGGAGUACGAGACACUGUUUCAGGGUUUGGUUUUGAUUCUAUGUCAACAACUAUCUCGCCUGUUGCUAAGACCAUUCCUAACGCAGAUGUUCGUGCCACAGAGUUCUUCCUUGAUCCUAUUUCUACCGAGCCGUCGCCUAGUGCACAACCUAGUGCAUUUGACUCCUUUGCAAGAAACACUGCGAAUGAAGCUGCAAAUACAGGAGUAUCUGAUCAAACAAAGCUAUCUGUUCAAACCACUCCAAAGACUUUAGAUGCUGCAAGUGUGCCAAGUAAAUCUACAAAUACGCCGUCUGUUGGUAAUGGUUUGAAAACUGGUGCUAUGGGGUCGGCUUCUUCGAGUGACAGAAUGCCAUCUGAAACCGUUGUGCAAUAUGAUAUGACACCUUUCAAAAAUAAUGAAAACUGGGCCAUAUUUGACCCAAGUUCUGCAAGUGGUUCUGUGGAUUUUACAAACUUUGGACCAAUUUUGGACAUCCCAGUUGAUAAUCAGGUAGCAUUCACUAGUAACAAAGAUGUUAACUUUGCAAGCAGCUUUUCACAGGCUGUUCCACCAGAGCCCGCACCCAAACUAAAAAGUCCUUCAGCCGCAUCAGUUGCACAAAACCAAGCAACAUCAGCAACAUCCAACAGCAUUUCAACAACACCUAUCGAACCGACAGCGGGCAGCGCUCAAGCUCUUGAUGUAGUAGAAUUUGUAUCAAUGGACCAAACAUCAAACAAUAUACAAAACAAUGCAGUUUCAAUGGACGCUAGGAUGCGUUUGACAGGUGUUAAUCUGCCACCUCCGCCGCCUUUUAAGUAA